AGGAUGACCAGAACUGGACACUGUACUCCAGAAGAGGCCUCACCAACAUCCUAUAGAAUCUCAACAUGACGUCCCAACUCCUAUACUCAAAGGUCUGAGCGAUGAAGAAUUCAUCAAAAUGAUUGAGAUAGUUUGCAACGAUCGUUUAGGAAAAAAAGUUCGAGUGAAGUGCAAUCCUGAUGACACCAUCAAAGAUCUGAAGAAACUGAUAGCUGCGCAGACUGGAACAAAAUGGGACAAGCUUGUCUUAAAGAAAUGGUAUACUAUUUUCAAGAAUCACGUUCAGUUGCAAGAUUAUGAAAUCCAUGAUGGAAUGAACUUGGAACUAUACUACCAAUAAACUGAUGCAGUUUAAAGAGGACAAACUUAUCGUUGACCAUCAGCACCAUUUAUUUGAGGGAACAGGACUUGCAACUUCACAAAGAUUUGCUUUUCUCAAUAACACAACAAUCUGUAUGUUUUACUGACCAAUGUUCCCUUUCUUUUCUUGCAAAUUUUUUUGUUUCCAAACAGUUUUCAUUUCUGGUUUCUUGUCCCUGUCAAGCUGAAACUUUAAUGUCUAAAAUUGUGUAUAUUGGCCUGUGCUUCAGUGAUGUCUUUCUCCUCAGUCCUUGCCAGAUUAGCAUUGCAGUGCUUGUGCUUCCUAUCGGCAGAGCUGUAACCUUUCUAUUCCGCAGCUUGUUCAGCCACUGUACUUACAAAUCCCUGCCAGCUUGUAACUGUAUGGAGAAAGACCAGACAUGUAAGAUAUUGAAAGCGCUAGCUGCAUUAGCAACGUGAUGGACCUUGAUAGUUUACUAAGGUGCUGUCUUUUAUGGUUAACCUUAAUAGAGAUUUGGAGGCAAGCAUUUUAUUUUUUUCCUUUCUCAUGUUCAUGUGGAAGAUGUUUCACCUGAGCUUGCUGGUGGUAGGCAUGACAACAAUGUUCAAAAGUUAUUGGUUGUCAUGAACCAGGCUGUUGAAGAGAACUCUGUUGUUAUUUGCACUCAAAUUGGUUAAAUAAAACUAAGAUCAGGAUUG